CAGCCACCACAUCUCGGCCACUCACCCAAAUGGCCAGCGCGCAGCAUUCACCCACCCACCCACGCACCCAAACGGCCAGCAGUCACCCACCUUCUUCACUCCUUUUCCCUGAAACUCGAAGUCGAAGCCACUCAAGCCAGCAGUCACCCACCCACCGCGAAGACGAGGACGAAGACCCAGUCACCCACCCACCCACAGGACCUCCGACCUCACCACCUCCGAGCCUCCGACGUCACCGCCUCCACCAAGAAAGCCUCCACCCAGCAGCGUUUCUGGGUACCUCACCGCCUCCACCCAGAAAGCCUUCAAGUGCAUAUGGAGCCCAAGCCAUCUAUUCAGGUUGGUUUGCAUUAUGAAGUUUUAGCUAUUUUAUUGGAGAAGAAGACACCAUAACUUUGCUAAUUACUAUCAGUUUAAUGACAAUUUAUUUUUAUUUUCAGUUGUGUUGACUGUUGAGCUAUUAAACUUCUUUAA